AUGGGUAGAAAACUAUUAACAGAGUAUACUACACCAUUAGGGUCAGGGGCAGGUGUUCCAAAAGAAAAGCGACCUGCAAUGGUUACCGAUGGAGCAGUAAGAUUAUCCAGGCCAUUUAGAGUGCCAUUUGCUAACAGAGGGCAAACAAUAGGAGCAGGAAGUUCCAAUACUACUAAGAGAUUACCUUUACGAAAUGCAAGAAGCAAAGUAACUAACUAUUCCGAUAUGGAUAAUAUGAAUGGAGAUGUAGAUAUGGGCGUGGAUGAGGAAGGCAAUUUGAUUCGAGGUAGUAAGAGAUUUGGAGCAUUAUUACCAAGACUGAUGUUGAAAGGAAACAAUUUGGCUAGUAACGAAAAUAAGUUUCGGAAGUCUUUCACUAUUCCUUUUUCAAAGAACAACGAAAAAAUGACACAGUUUGAUAAUAAGGGACCACCACCGCCCUUAGGAACUAGACGUAAGACCAUACUUCCACCAAGGGCUUUGCAUGAUCCAACUAGUGAGUUUGCUAUCGUUUUGUAUGACCCUACGGUUGAUGUAAUACCUACUAUUGAAGAACCCAAGGAGAAUUCUAAUGAAAAGGAACUAGAAGAAAAUAAAGAAAAUAUAGAAGAAAGGCCCGCUAAAAGGCAAAGAACCCAUAAAUCGUUAGCAGAAAUAUUGGGAAUAUGUAAAAACCCUGAGGAGUCAUUGGCUAAAUACCCCGAUGUUCCUGUUGUUAUUGACCCAAGGUUAGCAAAGAUAUUAAGACCCCAUCAAAUCGCAGGUGUCAAAUUUUUGUACCGUUGUACUGCCGGCUUAAUUGAUCCAAGAGCGAAAGGUUGUAUAAUGGCGGACGAAAUGGGAUUGGGUAAAACAUUACAAUGUUUGGCAUUAAUGUGGACUUUAUUAAAACAAAGUCCUCGGGGUAAACGGACGAUUGAAAAAUGUAUAAUAGUUUGUCCAUCGUCGUUAGUUAGAAACUGGGCGAAUGAAAUAGUAAAAUGGUUAGGGGAAGGUGUCUUAACUCCAUUAGCUGUUGACGGUAAAUCUACAAAAUCUUCAGAUUUAGGACAAGCAUUACAACAGUGGUCCGUGGCUACUGGAAGAAAUAUUGUAAGACCAGUAUUGAUUAUUUCGUAUGAAACUUUAAGAAGAAAUGUCGAUAAACUAGCAGGUACGGAAGUGGGACUUAUGUUGGCAGAUGAAGGUCAUAGAUUGAAAAAUGGCGACUCUUUAACAUUUACAGCAUUAAAUUCAUUAAGAUGCGAGAGAAGAGUUAUAUUGUCAGGUACACCGAUUCAGAAUGAUUUAUCUGAAUACUUUUCUUUAUUGAAUUUUGCCAAUCCAGGAUAUUUAGGAACAAGAAUUGAUUUCCGUAAAAACUUUGAAAGUGCCAUUUUGAGAGGAAGAGAUGCUGAUGCCACUGACAAAGAAAAAGAGGCGAGUGAUAAAAAGUUGACUGAAUUAUCGCAAAUGGUUUCCAAAUUUAUUAUAAGAAGAACAAACGACAUUCUCUCCAAAUAUUUGCCUGUUAAAUAUGAGUAUGUUGUAUUUGUUGAGUUGUCACCGAUGCAAAAGAAGCUCUAUGAAUAUUUCGUAACAUCACCUGAAAUUAAGAAAUUGUUAAAGGGGGUUGGAUCUCAACCUUUGAAGGCAAUUGGUAUGUUGAAGAAACUAUGUAAUCAUCCUGAUUUAUUGAACUUGCCUGAUGAUUUGGAUGGAUGCGAAAGUUUAAUACCUGACGACUACGUACCUGCCAUUGGAAAUGGUAAUAGAUCCAAAGAAAUCCAAACUUGGUUUAGUGGGAAGUUUAUGAUGUUAGAGAGAUUUUUGCACAAGAUAAGAACUGAAACCAACGAUAAAAUCGUAUUAAUUUCGAACUAUACCCAAACAUUAGACUUGAUUGAAAAAAUGUGCAGGUAUAAGAAAUACGGCAACGUUAGAUUGGACGGUACAAUGAACAUUAACAAGCGACAAAAGUUAGUGGAUAGAUUUAAUGAUCCAGAAGGAUCAGAGUUUAUCUUCCUACUUUCUUCCAAGGCUGGUGGAUGUGGGAUCAAUUUAAUUGGAGCCAACAGAUUGAUUUUGAUUGACCCCGAUUGGAACCCGGCAUCCGAUCAACAGGCGCUAGCAAGAGUAUGGAGAGAUGGCCAAAAGAAAGACUGUUUCAUCUACAGGUUUAUUUCAACCGGUACCAUCGAGGAAAAGAUUUUCCAGAGACAAUCGAUGAAGUUGUCGUUGUCGAGUUGUGUGGUUGACGAGAAGGAAGAUGUUGAGCGAUUAUUCAGUGCUGAUAAUUUAAGACAAUUAUUUGAAUUUCAACCGAACACUGCUUGUGAUACCCAUGAUACCUAUAGCUGUAAAAGGUGCCGUCCUGAUACAGGCCAAUUUAUUAAAUCUCCUGCUAUGCUUUAUGGUGAUUCUACUACAUGGAAUCAUUUAAACCACAGUGCAUUAAAUGAGAAUGAAGAUAUUUUAUUGCGGAAUGAAAGUGAAUUCAAUGACGUAACAUUCGCCUUCCAAUACAUCUCCCAUUGA